AUGCUGACCUGCCACAGCUUCCAGUACAUCAUCCGUUUGUUGAACACGAACGUCGAUGGAAAGCAGAAGGUCAUGUACGCUAUGACCAAGAUCAAGGGUGUCGGUCGCCGAUACUCCAACUUGGUCUGCAAGAAGGCCGAUGUCGACCUUUCUAAGCGUGCCGGUGACCUCACCUCCGAAGAGCUCGAGCGUAUUGUCACCAUCCUUCAGAACCCUCUCCAGUACAAGAUCCCCACCUGGUUCCUCAACAGGCAGCGCGAUAUUGUCGACGGCAAGAACUCUCAGGUUCUCGCCAACGGUGUCGACUCGAAGCUUCGUGAAGAUCUCGAGCGCUUGAAGAAGAUCCGUGCCCACCGUGGUCUCCGACACUACUGGGGCCUCCGCGUGCGUGGCCAGCACUCCAAGACGACCGGUCGCCGUGGUCGCACUGUUGGCGUUUCCAAGAAGAAGGGAUAA